GUAGGCUGAUUCAAUUGGCCUCAAAAGAGGAAAAGAAAAGGUAACGAACCACUGAUCUGUGACAGCUCAAAACCACUUUCCCAAUCCAAACAAAACCAUACUCCCCCACCCCCCACCAUCACAUUACCUCCCAAAUACAGUACUUAUCCCAAGUUUCAGUUACUUUUUCCUAACAUAUACCCCAAAUCAGUUCAUUUUCUUGAUCCAAGAUCUGUCCUUUUAUAAAUAUCAUACCUAAAAAUCUUCCCUACUUCACUCAAAGAUGCUGAAAUUUGGAAAGAACUGAAAGAGGGAAGUUCAUAGCCAUGAAAAUUUGGUUUCUGGGUUUUGCUCAUUAUGCUUUCAAAAGCUUAAAGUUUGGAUCUUUUUGGUAAAUACCCAAGUCUAAAGUUUGGUACUUUACUGUUUGGCAUGUGGAUGGAAGAGGAAAUGAAGCUUGCAGAUCUUUAUAGUGAGUGAAAAAAGAACAAAUCUUUAUGAAAUAAUGGUGUAUUUAAUUGAUAUUGGUAUUGGUGAAAAAUGUAUGUUUAGUUCUUGGGAGCUCUGAAUUCGAAAGAUAUAUGUUUUCUAGUGCUUGAUGCUAAGGAUAGUGCCGUUUCGUUUUGGUAAUUGGUUGUCUGCUUAUUUCUUUCCACAUCAAGAAUCUUGAUUUUUGGGACCAUAGCUUUUAGUAUUACCAAGAAAAAGAGAUAAAGGUGUGGUUUUGAUGCAAGUGUUUGAAUUGUUGUGAAGAAGGAGGGAAGCUGUGAAUCUUGUUUUGUUGAUUACUCAAUAUUUUUGGGACCCUUGCUUUUAGUAUUACCAAGAAAAAGUUUUGGUUUGAUGCAAGUGUUUGUAUUAUUGUGAAGAAGGGGGAAAGCUGUGAAUCUUGUUUUGUUGAUUACUCAUAUUUUGGAACUAUCGGAUAAAGGGGUGUCUUUGGAGUGUAAGAAAUAGUAAUAAUGUCAAUGUCCUGCAAGGAUGGUAAGUCAGUUGAUGAUAAUGGGAAGUAUGUCCGGUAUACACCUGAGCAGGUUGAAGCUCUUGAAAGGCUAUAUCAUGAGUGUCCAAAACCCAGUUCAAUGCGUCGCCAGCAGCUUAUUCGUGAAUGUCCUAUUCUCUCUCACAUUGAGCCUAGGCAAAUCAAAGUUUGGUUUCAGAACAGAAGAUGCAGGGAAAAACAGAGGAAAGAGUCAUCUAGACUUCAGGGUGUGAAUAGGAAGCUGUCAGCAAUGAACAAGCUAUUAAUGGAAGAAAAUGAUAGAUUGCAGAAGCAAGUUUCUCAACUGGUAUAUGAAAAUGGCUACUUCCGCAAGCAAACUCAAACUACAAAGAUUGCUUCGAAAGACACCAGUUGUGAAUCAGUGGUAACAAGUGGUCAACACCACUUGGCACCUCAGCAUCCGCCAAGAGAUGCUAGUCCUGCAGGGCUUUUGUCCAUUGCAGAAGAGACUUUAACAGAGUUUCUAUCAAAGGCUACUGGAACUGCUGUUGAGUGGGUCCAAAUGCCUGGAAUGAAGCCUGGUCCGGAUUCCAUUGGAAUCAUUGCUAUUUCUCAUGGUUGCACUGGCAUGGCAGCAAGAGCUUGUGGCCUGGUUGGUUUAGAUCCCACGAGGGUUGCUGAAAUCCUUAAGGAUCGCCCUUCAUGGUAUCGGGACUGCCGAGCUGUUGAAGUUCUAAAUAUGCUGCCAACUGCCAAUGGUGGAACCAUUGAACUUCUCUACAUGCAGCUUUAUGCACCAACAACAUUGGCGCCUCCUCGUGAUUUCUGGCUGUUACGCUACUCUACUGUUAUGGAUGAUGGCAGCCUCGUGGUUUGUGAAAGGUCACUGGGAAAUACUCAAAAUGGUCCAAGUAUGCCCCCAGUUCAGAAUUUUGUGAGAGCAGAAAUGCUGCCUAGUGGAUACCUGAUUCGACCUUGUGAGGGUGGCGGCUCUAUUGUCCAUAUUGUAGAUCAUAUGGACUUAGAGGCAUGGAGUGUGCCAGAGGUGUUGCGUCCACUAUAUGAGUCAUCGGCAGUGCUUGCUCAGAAGACGUCAAUGGCAGCACUACGCCAACUGAGGCAGAUAACUUUGGAAGCUUCACAACCUAAUGUCACUAACUGGGGUAGAAGACCAGCAGCUCUACGGGCAUUGAGCAAGAAGUUGAGCAGAGGUUUCAAUGAGGCUCUGAAUGGUUUCUCCAGUGAGGGCUGGUCUAUGCUGGAUAAUGAUGGAAUGGAUGAUGUUACCAUCCUUGUUAACUCUUCUCCCGACAAGUUGAUGGGUUUAAACCUUUCUUUUGCUGAUGAAUUUACAUCUCUAAGCAAUGCAGUUUUGUGUGCAAAAGCAUCGAUGCUUCUACAGAGUGUGACUCCUGCAGUACUUCUCAGAUUUCUGCGUGAGCAUCGAUCAGAAUGGGUAGACAGCGAUAUUGAUGCCUACGCAGCUGCAGCUGUUAAAGUUGGUCCUUGCAGCCUACCUGGGGCCCGAGUCUGUAAUUUUGGGGGUCAAGUGAUACUUCCACUGGCACACACCGCUGAACAUGAAGAGUUGCUGGAGGUCAUCAAGUUGGAAGGAGUUUGCCAUUCUCCAGAAGAUGUUAUAAUGCCAAGAGAUAUGUUCCUACUGCAAAUGUGCAGUGGAAUGGAUGAAAAUGCUGUUGGCACCUGUGCUGAACUUAUAUUUGCUCCUAUUGAUGCCUCGUUUGCUGAUGAUGCACCGCUCCUUCCUUCUGGGUUUCGCAUCAUUCCUCUAGACUCUGCUAAGGAAGCCUCCAGUCCAAAUCGUACCCUUGAUCUUACUUCUGCUCUUGAGAUUGGGCCAGCAGAAAGUAAAGUUGUUAAUGACAAGUCUACUGGUGUCACAUCAAAAUCUAUAAUGACAAUUGCUUUUCAAUUUGCAUUUGAAAGUCACAUGCAAGAGAAUGUUGCAUCAAUGGCUCGAAAGUAUGUCCGAAGCUUUAUUUCAUCUGUUCAGAGGGUUGCAUUAGCACUUUCUCCAUCUCACUUCGGUUCCCUGGGAGGUCUUCGUCUGCCUCUGGGGACUCCUGAAGCACAUACACUAGCUCGGUGGAUCUGCCAAAGUUACAGGCAUUAUUUGGGUGUGGAGCUUCCGAAAUUGAGUGGUGAAGGAAGUGAAUCAGUCCUCGAAAGCCUAUGGCAACACUCAGAUGCUAUUAUCUGCUGCUCUGCAAAGGCUUUGCCAGUUUUCACAUUUGCAAACCAAGCAGGUCUUGACAUGCUCGAGACAACUUUGGUUGCACUUCAAGAUAUUUCUUUGGAGAAAAUAUUUGAUGAACAUGGAAGGAAAAACCUCUGCUCUGAGUUCCCACAGAUAAUGCAACAGGGCUUUGCGUGUCUCCGAGGUGGAAUCUGUUUGUCGAGCAUGGGUAGGCCUGUUUCUUAUGAGAAAGCUGUGGCUUGGAAGGUUGUGAAUGAAGAAGAUAAUGCUCAUUGUAUCAGCUUUAUGUUCGUGAACUGGUCGUUUAUCUAAGUAUGUUAUGGAGGUAUCAGUAAACUUAAAACAACAAUCUCUGUCUCUCUGUACGAAAGGAACAAACCAUUUUGAACUAGUUCUGAUCAACCUGCUGUUGUGCUUUUGUUGCUACUCAGAAAAUUUAGCCUGCUAUUUUUAUGCAAUCUGUGACUUGAAAAAUGUCUGAAAUAUGAUAUUGCAAAAUGGACAGUCUAGUUAACUGUUAACCUUA